CUCUGCAAGGGGACGGCUGUGCCAGCCGAGCGCGCAGGCUCCUGGCAGCAUGGCAGCCAAGUUCAGGGCCCUCCUGCUGCUCCUCGCGCUCAGCCUGGCGCGGCCAGCCUCAGCCAGCCGGAAGCUCCUGGUGGUUCUGCUGGAUGGUUUUCGCUCCGACUACAUCAGUGAUGAGGCCCUGGAGUCCUUGCCGGGUUUCAAAGAGAUUGUGAGCAGGGGAGUGAAAGUGGAUUACUUGACCCCAGACUUUCCCAGUCUCUCUUACCCCAAUUACUACACCCUAAUGACUGGCCGCCACUGUGAGGUCCAUCAGAUGAUUGGGAACUACAUGUGGGACCCCAGUACCAACAAGUCAUUUGACAUUGGCGUCAACAGAGACAGCCUGAUGCCCCUCUGGUGGAACGGCUCCGAGCCUCUGUGGGUCACUCUGACCAAGGCCAAAAAGAAGGUCUACAUGUACUACUGGCCAGGCUGCGAGGUUGAGAUUCUUGGAGUCAGACCUACUUACUGCCUAGAAUACAAAAACGUUCCAACGGAUAUCAAUUUUGCCAAUGCGGUGAGCGAUGCGCUUGACUCCUUCAAGAGCGGCCGGGCAGACCUGGCAGCCAUAUACCACGAGCGCAUCGACGUGGAAGGCCACCACUACGGCCCCUCAUCACCUCAGAGGAAAGACGCCCUGAAGGCCGUAGACACCGUCCUGAAGCACAUGACCAAGUGGAUCCAGGAGCGGGAGCUUCAGGACCGCCUCAACGUCCUCAUCUUCUCGGAUCAUGGAAUGACUGACAUCUUCUGGAUGGACAAAGUGAUCGAGCUGCACAAGUACGUGAGCCCGAGUGACCUGCAGCAAGUGAAGGACCGAGGGCCCGUCGUGAGCCUCUGGCCGGCCCCUGGGAAGCACUCUGAGGUGCUCAGCAUGCUGAGAGCCGUGGAGCACAUGACCGUCUACGAGAAAGAAGCCAUCCCCAGCAGGUUCUAUUACAAGAAAGGGAAAUUCGUCUCUCCUUUGACUUUAGUGGCUGAUGAAGGAUGGUUCAUAACUGAGAGUCGAGAGACACUUCCGUUUUGGAUGAAUAGCACUGGCAAGAGAGAAGGCUGGCAGCACGGGUGGCAUGGCUAUGACAAUGAGCUCAUGGACAUGAGGGGCAUCUUCCUGGCCUUCGGACCCGAUUUCAAAUCCAACUUCAGAGCCGCUCCAAUCAGAUCCGUGGACGUCUACAAUGUCAUGUGCAACGUGGCAGGCAUCGCUCCCCUGCCCAACAAUGGGUCCUGGUCCAGGGUGAUGUGCAUGCUGAAGGGGCAGGCGAGCUGGGCUCUGGCUGUCCGGCCGAGCAGCUGUACUCUGGCCCUGAUUCUCCUCCUGCUGUUCGCAUAGAUGCUGCUGCCAUUGUCCACAAACACUCGGCCACGCGGGCCUCCAGGGCGGGAUGGUUUUCAUUUUCUAUUUGAAUAAUAGCUUCAUUAACACAAUCAAGGCCACAAAAAUUGUAAAUAUACUGUUCUUGGAUGAUUCCAUACAUAAAAUCCCUACUUCAUAAAAAA